UAUAUAUCAAACAAAUAUAUAUUACGUCUAUGGUUUGCAUAGAUAGUAAUUUUAGGUUAAAAUUUUUGUAUAUUUAUAAUAAAUUAAAUAUCUUUUGUAGUUGAAAUACAUAAAUAAUAUAUCGUUUGUGAAACUAAAAUUUAAAAAGGAAUUAGAAUGACAACAAUUAGGCCAUUUAAUUGUGAAGAUAUGUUAAAAUUUAAUAAUGUAAACUUGGAUCCUCUUACUGAGACAUAUGGCUUGUCAUUUUAUACACAAUAUCUGGCGCAUUGGCCUGAGUACUUUCAAGUCGCAGAAUCUCCAAAUGGAGAAAUUAUGGGUUACAUAAUGGGAAAAGCUGAAGGCCAUGGUGAAAACUGGCAUGGCCAUGUCACAGCACUGACAGUAAGCCCUGACUACAGACGGCUGGGCCUUGCAGCAACCCUCAUGAAGAUACUCGAGGAUGUCUCUGAAAAAAAGAAGGCUUAUUUUGUGGAUUUGUUUGUGAGAGUUAGCAAUAAAGUAGCAAUAAACAUGUAUAAAAACUUGGGAUACAUAGUCUACAGAACAGUAUUGGAAUAUUAUUCAGGAGAUCCUGAUGAAGAUGCCUACGAUAUGAGAAAAGCCUGUUCCCGAGAUGUAAAUAAGAAGUCAGUGGUACCAUUAGCACAUCCUGUCCGGCCUGAAGAUGUGGAUUAAAAUAUUUUAAUAAAAUUUACCAACUAA